AUGCGCUCCACGCCAGUGUUAGAUACCGGCGCAUUCGGUCAGCCGCCCUCUGGUCAAGCUGGUAGCAGUUCGCGCGCUGCCACUGGCGACCCGCGUCUCCGUACCAUCGAGGGUGUGAAGCCAGAGAAGCGAAAGUCGAGCGAACAGCCCGACGGUCGUUCAACCAAGCGGAUCCGGCAGCACCAGCACGAUGCUCGCAGCUUGAUCUGCAAUGAUUGUCACCGUGAUAACAAGACUUGCGAUGGCCGCGGACAGUGCUCUGAGUGCAUCAGCAACAGACGUACCUGCGAGUACCGACGAUGCGGCUACAGUCCCUGCAGCAAGCAGGACUGCGGACGUUAUCACAGUGGUCAGAUAGCGGCCGGACGUAGCGGCUACGAGAUCCCGGAUCCUCGCCAGUCGCACUCCAAGACCGAAAAGACUUUGAAGGAGAAGCAGUACGUUGGAAGCUCUCGUAAGCUACAGCAGAUGUGCAAGCAGCAGAAGUCGGCAAGCACAGCAUACUUCGACCAGGACGCUUUGCCCGUUGUGCAUCCACCAACACUUCUGAAGUAUGAGGAUUGA